CGGGAAAUACGAAGCGGCUCAAGAGUCGAAUUCCACUUAAGCGUCUCCUACAAACUUGAUAGUUAAUCUCAAUUUUAAUUCUCAAAACACGCCGCCCUCUGCUGCUUCCACACUCAUCCAUUGCUCGGCUGCGUCGAAAUGACGGUGUUGAGGUCUAGGAAUACUUCGUCUACUGCGAAAUCGGAGCUUUCGCAGGCAUCGGCUCCGCUAAAUGUUGUUGCUGAACCUGUGACGCCGCCGAAAACCUCUGAAUUCGUGAAUCCGUCAUUGAAGGAUGUGUGCACUCCGAAGGAAGAUGUUUUGGGUCCGGAGAUAGGGUUUGUCGAUGGUGCCGGCUUGGUUAUGGUUUCUAAAAGUGGAAAUGUGCGAAGAGUCAGUGCUCGGUUGGCGAAAAAGGCAGGGGAGUGUGUUGGGGUUGGGAGUGGGAAGAGGAAGAAAGUCGAAGGGACUUCUUUAGCUUGUGUUCAUACAAGGAAUUUGAAGAGACGUGGUUCUGAUAUGAAAUUGGGGGCUGGGGGUUCCGAUCGGAAUACUGAUGCAAAUAUAGUUUCGGAAGUUUUAAAGGAUUCGGAUGGUGGAGAUUUCAUGGAUUUGUUAGAAGAUACUGUGAUGAUUGAGGAUGGUGCGAGUGCUGCCAGGUUAGGAUUUGGUUGCGAUAUUAAUUAUUCUGUGAGGGAAACUCGGGAUAUUGGCCAAUGCAAGAAGAAAUCAAGCAUGGAGACUAAAGCUUUAGGGUCUGAAUCAUCUGGAAAGGAUAAGCUGGAGAAUGGUUUCUUGAGCUUGAGGUCAGGGAAGAGAGUUCCACAGAGAGAAAUAAGUGACAUUCGUAUUGGUGGUGCUUCAUUGCAAGGAAUUCAGCGUGGUAAAAAAGGUGGUACAAAUUGUAGUGAUGAUGUACCUGCGAAGAGUAUAUCAGAGGCUAAAUCUGAUAUAACUACUAGAGGGAGACCAAGCAAAGAAGGAAAAGGGAAAAUGAAAUUGGACUAUGAGGCAUCUCCCUCUAGUGGCAUUGAGACAGUGAAACUUAACGUAGAGAAUUUGAACGGAAGUAGUGGCUCAGGUGUUGACCAAUUAGCAACCAAUGAGGUACCGCCAGAUGAAGUUCAGGUUAGAGGGACUAAUUUGAGUGAAAUUGAUACAAGAAGUGCACAUAGGGCACGUUUCAGAAAUUUUGCCAGGAGAAAUGCGUCUAGAUUCGCUCAUUUUUCUGCCCGAGAUGAAUUUGGUGACCGUGCUCAUGAUGCUUCUGGAACUGAUGUCGCACCUCGUGAAACCAGUAAUAGAAUAGAAGAUUGGCCUGGUCCUUUUUCUACUGCCAUGAAAAUUAUUAAGGAUCGUGAAACUAAUAGGAAUGGGGGGAAGCAUGGGGGUUCUACUGAUGUGAGUGAAACGGUUGAACUGAAGUGGAUCCCCAAGAACCAUGAGUCUUGUAGACACCAGAAGCAUGUUCCUUCGUUGCAAGACAUAUGCUUGUCAAUUCUUUCCAGUAAUGCCGAUGCUAUCACUUCUCUUGACUUUGUCCCAGAUGCACUGAGGCACAAGAUCUGUUGGUUUCUUUGUGAUAAUCGAAGCAUGGAUGGUCAUUUUCUUGAAUUGCUUGUGCAUGAUACUCCAACAGAGAUCCGCAUAAGAGAUUGUUCAUGGUUAUCCGAGGAGCAAUUUGUCAAGAUAUUUAGGGGUUGCAACACCAGCAAGUUAACGGUGUUACAAUUUGAUCAAGGUGGAGCCUGUAUGCCUGACUACAUCCUACAUUCUACCCUGGCUCGUUUACCAAAUAGUCUUCCUGCUUUGACAGCGAUAUCCUUGAAAGGUGCAUAUCGUCUCUCAGACGCUGGACUUAAUAUACUUGCCUCAGCUGCUCCUUCUCUCAAAUCUGUUGAUAUCAGUCAGUGCCCCCUGCUUACCUCUGAAGGAAUCUGUUCUCUGGCUAGCUCACUGAGAUUAGUUUUAAGGGAAUUAUACAUUGAUAAUUCUCAUGGGAUAGAUGCUAUGCUCAUUCUCCCGGCUCUGCAAAUGCUAGGGAAUCUGGAGGUUCUAUCUGUAGCUGGAAUUCUAACAGUUUCUGAUGAUUUUGUUAGUGAAUUUGUCUCCACACACGGUUCCAGAAUGAAGGAGCUUGUUUUAGCAGAUUGCAAAGAGUUGACUGAUUCUUCUUUGCAAGUCAUUGGUGAUAAAUGUGCUAACUUACAAGCAAUAGACCUCACGAACUUGGUCAAAUUGACGGAUAUUUCCAUAGGUCAUCUUGCAAAUGGUUGCCAGGCAAUUCAAAUGCUAAAAUUAUGCCGCAACUCAUUCAGUGAUGAGGCUAUUGCUGCAUAUCUUGAUGUUAAUGGGGCAUUUCUCAAGUGCUUGUCGCUUAAUAAUGUUAUACAGGUUUCAAGGCUUACUGCUCUAUCACUUGCAAGAAAUUGCAAAAACUUACGUAGUUUGGACCUAUCCUGGUGUCGCAAUUUAACCAAUGAAGCACUGGGAUUGAUUGUGGAUUCAUGCUUAUUGCUAGAAGUGCUGAAAUUGUUUGGCUGCACACAGGUUACUGAUGUUUUUGUUGAUGGACACUCAAAUCCACAAGUGAAACUUAUUGGAUUGAAGAUGACUCCAGUAUUUAAACAUAUUGAGUUUCCGGAUUUCCUUCUAGGUCCACUGCGAUACCCAUCCGCCUCUCUUUGAAUUAAUAUGGUACCAGUGCUCUCUUGCCUUUUGCAUCUUGUGCAUAAAUGGUGGCACAAGUUCCAUUUUGGAGCUGAUUUGAUUAUAUUAUCUUGAAUCAAAGCAAUAUUGUUGUAUGCGGGGUGUUGUUUAAACAGACUCUGAAAAUCUCCACUUUAGGUUUAUAACAAGUUAGAAUCAGAUGUUGGUUUUGAACUCAUGAAUCUUGACCAAAUUUAGAAACUAUAUGAAAUGAAACUUGAUCCCCGAGGAAGAUACAUUUCCCUUAACAUUUGUAGGUAA